AUGCCGGAUUACUGCGUCGAUGUGUACAUGUGUUUGCUUAUGGUUAAAAGUGUGAAACGUCACUCGGCAUGUCACCAGCACCAUCAUGAACUCAGUAUACCGAAAUACAAUGACGCGAGCUCCCUUGAUACGUAUCAAACUCAAUCCUCUUCCACUGUACGUGCAACCAAUCCCAAAUCCGAUACCGUGGGUCAACAACAGCAGCAUGACCAUUCUGAAGCACCACGUUUUAUCCUCAACCACAAAACGGUAUUCACCUUGGGCUCUUCAGCAAAUGCUUGGUUGGGCAUGGGCGCGGCUCGCGGUCGCAUCUACACCAAACAUCCUGAACUGUUUCGCUAUCAAUGUGAUGCAGAGGACAAGGCAUGGCUGGUGCGCAACGGAUUACUUGCCAGUCAUGGUGUUAAGGCCUACUUGAUGCACUCGGAUCAAGUAAAACACAUUGGCCUGGUGAACGGUCGAAUUCCGUCUCCGUCCACAAACCCCAGUCAAUCGGACAGUUUACCCUCGUUCACCGUGCCAGCAUGGCUUGUACAAAAGGUUAUCACGGCGGCUGACAACGGAUCCUUUGCUGUUGAACCCGAACUGGUUGCAGCCAGUAGUCAAAACACGCCCAAAGUCUUUCCCGAUCGGCCAGCCUCGGUGGAUCACGCGAAAUCUGAUGUAGAUAAUCUCUCCUCUCGAUUAUCGGUGGAAUCCGAUGAACUCAGUAGACAUGCCUUGCAUGAUCAUUUUGUGAUAAGCACAGGGUCGAAAUCAAGGCAUUUUACAUCGUCAAACGAAGUGGACAGUGCUUCUCUUUCCGGAUCCACUCACUCUGGUUCUGGUUCCAGGCGUUCAAGUGGACCAGUGCAUGAGCCUCAUGGAAAGUUCGUUCUUGGUCGAGAUCAGGGCGUUUGGUCCGAGGACAGUCGAAUGGUCGAGUCGCGUAAAACUAAUUAUCAUAGUACAGACCAACGCAGCAAGAUCCUCAAAUGUGCAACCCGUGACAACAGUCCUGUGCGCCCUACUGUGCCACCCUCUUCCUCCACCUCCGCCUCCCGUGGCACUAAAACCAGCCAUGGGCAUGUCACUCUGGAAUAUCACUCGGGGGAAAAAUCACCAAAAAGCCCACCAACUCUAAAGCGUUUUGACUAUACAUGA